GACCGCUUCCGUGGGAGGUUCACUAGCGACGUACCUCUGGGUAGGGAUUCAUGACCAUCGUCCAUACACAAUCGAGAGAAACGCACCAAUUUCAGCAUUUUUUACAAUUCGUCCAUGUGCUGCAACUUGAACUAGGAUUUGUCACUGGCGACCCCGAGACGAUGCGUCACAACUUCAUAUCCUAUGAAAAGACUCCGGCUUCGUUGUGACGCGGGUCUCAUUGCAUCGCCCAUCAGUCGUCACCUCUUGUCCUUGGCUGUCUUUUGGCGGCUUGCCCUGCCCACCAUCUACCAUCUCGGUAUUUGGCCUCAAGAGUCAAUGGUGAUGGCCGGCAGGCUUAAAACGAAGAACGGGAUUCGGAGGACGGUCCGCGGUCAAACAUGGCCGUCUUACACGAUGCCUUAGUUCAGGGUCCGGCUCGGUGGAACGCACGCUUAACUACA